AAAUGUUUCAGUGCCUCUAUUGUGUUCGCGAAAAAAAACAGCUUAAGUUUUUUGUGAAAUUCACAAAAUAAUUGAAUUUAAUGUACCGCUUCCAAGAUAUGACUCAUUAGUAAACUUGACCAAGAUGUCGAAAAUCGCUAGCAGCAGCAAUGGCAACGCCAACUCCUGUGUUGAGACGCCUACGGCACCUGAAUGGUUGUCCAAAUUGGAAAGCAGACGCGAAAUGUUGAAACGCUCGAAGCUGGGUCACGAAUCGGGGGCGGGAGCGCCGUGUGGUGAAUGCCAGGACAAGUGUCCAGGUCUCGAUCUGCACUUUUGGCGCAAGGUGUGCCGGAAUUGUAUGUGCCGCAAGGAUCAGCAUUUGUGUACCGAUGAUGACGCCACCGGCUGGGCGCAAUUCGAAAUCUUGGGCCAGAUACGUGCUAAGCCAGCAUUCAUUAAAAUCAAGGCCUUGGCCAGUCAACCGGUGCAAGUGGAAUGGGUGCCUCCGAAUGCGUCACCCGAUGUCGUUACGGAUUACAUGGAAACGUUGGGCGCUGCCCAAAUCCCUGUGGCAGGUAGCGAUGCCGCCCACAAGCGCAAGCAGCAGUUGGAGUUUCAGGUGCCACCCCACGAUCUGGAUGCAGCACUCUGCGAUAAUCUCACCGAGACUGAAGCCCAGCAGCUGCAGCAAUAUGUGCAAAAGCUACGCGAUCAAUGCGUCGGCCAGGGCAUCGUGGUGCGUGUGGGACGCCUUGCGCAUGGCCAUGUGGAGCAUGUGGUGCCCCCACAAUCCUCUCUAGCUGCAGUUGCCAUGCUGUUGCACUCGCUUGGUCUGCCACCGGUUGCGGAUGCCACGUUGAACGAACUGCUCGCCAAUCCCAAGCUGGCGCAGGCACUUUCUCAACCAACCACACAGGCAUCGCAGCCCAAGCUGUUGGUUGCCUUCUCAGAGCCUUUGAGUGAGUCCACGGCACAGUUUGAUGCGUUGCCUGCGCUGCGGGCGCAGACUAAGGAGAAACUGCUGGGCAUCAGUCGUCCUGCGUUGCAGAGUAUGGUGACACAUGGCGUUGUUUACGACAAGUUGCUGGGCAUGCUUAACGAGCGUAAUCUGAACAUUUCACGUGACCCUCGCUUGGGUCCAAUGGCGGAGUUUCGCAAGGAGUAUGCAAGCAAUCCGCAGUUCAAGGCUGAGAUUAAUACGGUUUGUCCACCGCCCGCUUUGGCCACCACGCCACUUAAAUCGUCGCUAGCGACACCGUUCCACUCGCCUCUGCCGCUCAAGAAUCCGGUGCAAGCACGUUUCAGCGCCCAGAUGCGACAGGAUACGCCAAUGCGACGCGUGAAGUUUGGCGGCGUCUCCACCAUUCUCUACGAUUGCGGGCUGCCCGCGCACAUUGACUACGAGCGUGAUCCGAUCUUUGCGCAGAUUGUGCAGGCAGAGCCACUAAAGCAAGCGCUGCAGGAUGUACGCGCUGGUCGUCCAGCCAACUCAGUGGUUAUUGCCACCCAGCCACUGGCCACGGGUAACUUGCAACAACUGCAAGGUUUGGCUCCAGCAACAAAAGCACAACUGCAACAACUGGGAGUGGACAAGCAUAUGUUGCACUCGUCGCUGGCCAAUGCGCCGUAUUAUGAUCGCCUAUUCCAGACGCUCCAGGACAAAGGCAUACGGCAUGAGCAGUGUCAGCUACUGGAGCCGUUGAAACAGAUGCACGAUUGGCUGCUGAACGAUGAGCAAUUGCUUGAUGACAUUGACAAGCUGUUUGCUGACAUGGCCAACGCCGGAACAGCUGGUGGCGACAUUGCCUAUGGCAAAGAAGGCUUGAGCAACUCGGCCAGCAAUGACUCGGGCUUCAGCUCGAAACCAUCAACGCCGGGACAUACUGGCGAGGACUUGAAUGCCAGUUUGGGUAAAUUCACCAGCAUACCUGGCAUUGAACACAUGAACAUGUAUCCCAGCUGUGCCGGCAUGCCAGAGCAGUUCCAGCAGCUGCAACUGGGCGAGAUCUCGCCUUUAUCAAGAGAUUCCGCUGUGGCUGCACCUCCGCUCAGCAUCAAUUGUCGCGACUGUUCGCAGCCCAUUAAUCUGGGCGAGGUGGCUGUGAAAGCGGAACGUGCAGGCAAAGAGAUUGCCUGGCAUCCGGGUUGCUUCAAGUGCCACACUUGCCGCGAACUUCUCGCCGAUCUCGUCUACUUCUUCCAUCAUGGCCAAGUCUACUGUGGUCGCGAUCUGGCCAUCAAGCUGAAGAUACCACGCUGCAAGGCCUGCGAUGAACUCAUCUUUACCAAGGAGUACACCGCAGCCGAGGGUGCCACCUAUCACAUCAAGCACUUCUGCUGUCUGCAGUGCGAUGAGCCAUUGGCUGGCCAGCAAUACAUUCCCGACGAGAAGUCCAAUAUGCCGUUGUGCCUGCAGUGCUACGACAAAUUCUAUGCCGGCACCUGCAAGCGGUGUCAGCUGCCCAUUGGACCGGCAGAUCAAGGUGUCGCCUGGGGCGACAUUCACUGGCAUGGCCAGUGUUUCGUUUGUGCUGGCGUCGGUUGUUCCAAAUCUUUGAUUGGUGGUCGCUUCUGUGUCAAGCAGGACAUGCCCUUUUGCAGUCCUGCCUGUGUGCACAGCGUAAUUCCUGCCAAAGUUUAACAAAAGCAAAACAGUAACAGUAUUCACAUCAAACGCACAAAACUAACCAUAAUAUUCACUAUGCUAUCCUAGUUAUGUAGAGCAUUCACUAGCCGAUACAACGAUGUGCACAAUUCAGAGGUUGACUUUUUAAUGGAACGUACUCUUCAAGUGCCUAGUAUUAUACAUUAUACAAUCCAUACACGAUUUUUAGCCGUGCCAAUAGAUCCGUCUAAGGAAUAUCUAAAUAUACACUAUACUAUAUAUUUACAUACGCAUAUAUUAUUAAAUAUAUGUACAUAUAUUAUAUACACGAAUUUUAAAUGACAUUUUGUAGCGCACGUUAUUGCAAUAAAUAUUUGAAACGCUAUUUGAAUAU